CACUUUACUAUUUGGGCAAAAGGGUUUAAGGUUUUGGAGUUCAAUUUUAUUGAGCAAAAAAAAAAAAAAAAUGGCAACACAUUCAGAUGCUUAUGCUGUUAAAUCUCUCAACAAAUCUCAUGGUCGCCGCCGUUUUACUUUCAAGACAUUUUCGGAGCGGAUUGAGGAUGUUGACAUUGAUGUGUACAGAAAUCUUGACCCUUUAAAAGCCGAGCCAUCUGAAGGUUCCUCUUUCUUCCGGGAUUGCCUUACGGAAUGGAGGGAAUUAAACACUGCAGAAGAUUUUAUUUCAUUUUACGAGGAAAUAUUUCCCUUGGUACAGACGCUACCGCAAAUUAUACUGCAGAAGGAACUGAUAGUCACAAAACUUCUUUCAAGAUUGGACAUGAAAGGGAGACUAUCCCUUGAGCCAAUCCUUGGGUUGAUUGCAGCCCUAUCUAGAGAUCUCCUGGAGGACUUCUUACCCUUUCUUCAGAGGAUUGCCGACUCUUUGGCGUGCCUUCUCAGUAGUGGUGCUGAUAGAGAACCAGAUAUAAUUGAGCAGAUUUUCAAGUCAUGGUCUUUUAUUAUGAUGUACCUGCAAAAAUAUCUUGUUAAAGAUGUUGUUGAUGUUCUGCAGGUAACAGUAAAAUUAAGAUACUAUUCCAAGGAGUACGUCCAUGAAUUUAUGGCUGACUCAGUAUCAUUCAUAUUGAGGAAUGCUCCUGUUAAGCAGCUUAUAAAAGGAGUGAGGAAGCUUAUGUUUGAAGUUGCGAAGAAGCCAUUGGAAAUAAGAAAGUCCGCUGUCAGUUCACUAUUGUGGUAUGUUCUGAGAGGAAGCUCCUCAAGGUUACACUCAAGGGCUGAACAAGUGUUACGCCUACUGAUGGACAAGUCUCUGUUUACUAUAGGUGAUCAGUUCACAGAGGGUGCUGAGACCAUUCUUGAAGUUGUUGUUCUAGCACUGCAGAGAUUAUGUGAGGAAUUGGAAGCUACAGAGUUGGAGUUGAUGUGGGUUUGCUUAUAUGAGGAGAUAACUGAGUGUGUAUCUCAAGGCCAUCUAUUGCACCUUGGUCGCCUUUUAUCCCUUCUUGUUUCUACCCUGCAAGUUAGUUACAUUCAGAAAAUUUUUGAUUACCAAGGGGUGCUUCAAUUGAUCCAGUUGCUUGUACAGACUUACAUUCUGCCCUAUUCUACUGUGAAGGCAAUUGAUCAAACAUCAAACAUUGUUGACAAAGUUAUGCAGUCAAUGCUUUGCAUUCUUGACGGUCUAUAUAGAGCUAAUACUAUUUCUACUCUCUCUUCUGUUUCAAUGCAAUGGGCUCCUGUGUUUGAUUUGAGGAAUAAGAGUUUGCUGUCUUUUGUCGAAGAUCUUCUAUUGAAGGACCCUGGCAUUGUCCAUUUCUUCAGAGCUAGCAUUAUAAGUGCAUUAAAUGAUAUGAUAGAGAUUUCAGAAGAAGAGGUUAUAUAUUUGCUGCAGAUCCUUUUUAAGAGGCUGCCAGUACAAGGACAUAGCUUCUUGGAUGAAGUUCCAAAGGAGAAGCUUUCAAGAAUUCACAAUUUUCUCCGAGAAGCCAUUGGCCGUUGGAUUCGGCGUAUACAAAAGGAACCAUUAUCUAGCCAAAUUGAAGAAAAUGAGUUAGCCAUACUGUGGGGAAUCAUUGGCUGCUAUCCUUAUGUAGUAGGUGGUUCAGCGAAUGAGUCAUUACUAAUGGACUUGGUUAAUGCUCUAGAUGAGCUUUUGAGUACUGAAUCUGCUGACAUUGCUGGGCAUCCCAGAACUACCUGGCAGAGCUUGGUUGGUGCUGCAUUGGGUUCUUAUUGUAAGUCACUGGCCAAUCAAAAUUCCAGAUGUGAUGAUUCUGUCGUAAGCAGGUUCUUAGAUCUGGCAAGAAAGCACAAGACAUGUUCUCAAGUGUUGUCUCCUGUAGCUGAUAUUUUGGAUUCAGUUUGUGGGUCCAUAAUCCAAGCUGAUGCAAGCACUAAAAAGUAUCACCCAGAACUUGUAGUGAGUAAGAUUGUGGAUGCCUUGGGCGUGUUUGCUGCAAAUUUGAGCCACCACGACAAGAACUUGCGGCUUUCGACCUUGAGAAUAUUGUGCCACUACGAACCUUUGAUUGAUGCCAGCUCUACCAAUGAACAACCGCUUGAGAAGAAAAUGAGAAUGGAUAAUCCUCAGGCCACUCUGGUGGACUACCAUGGCAAUAAUGUGGUUCAUCUCCUAUUUUUAAUUGAAGAAACGCCUCUUUCUAUUGCAACCAGUAGAAAAGUCAUUCUACAGAUAUCCAAAAUACAGAUGAGUUUAUCUGCUGGAAGGGUAGCUGAAGAGUAUAUGCCUGUUGUUCUUAGUGGAAUUAUUGGAAUCUUUCAUAACCGUUUUAGCUAUUUGUGGAACCCAACAUUGGACUGCAUAGCUGUCCUCCUCAGUCAAUACUUUGGUCUGCUGUGGGACAGAUAUAUUGAGUACCUUGAUCAUUAUCUGUCUGUUUUUCUGGGUUGUCAUGAUGAAGCUGCUGAAAGCGAGGAGGAAUCGAUAGAGCCAGCUAAUAAUUUGACUGGAAGCUUCAGGUCUUAUGUCUUUCCGGUGUCUGAUGGUGCGUCGUGUGCAACAAUUUUUUCUUUGUUGAUUCAGUGUUUGCAGAAAAUUCCAUCUGUUGCCGAAUCACGUUCACGACAAAUCAUACCUCUGUUCUUGAAGUUCUUAGGCUAUAAUAUUGAAGAUCUUAAGAGUGUGGAAUUAUACAAUCAGGAGGGUUGUAAGGGGAAAGAGUGGAAAGGCGUUCUUCAAGAAUGGUUGUCCUUAUUCAGACUGAUGCGCAACUCUAGGUCUUUUUAUCUCAAUCAAUUCUUCAAGGAGGUUUUGCUGUACAGACUUCUUGAGGAAGAUGAUGCUGAAUUGCAAAACAAGGUCCUUGAUUGCCUGUUAAAUUGGAAAGAUGACUUUUUACUUCCGUAUGAUCAGCAUCUAAAAAAUCUGAUCGAUUCGAAACGUCUGAGGGAGGAGCUCACGACAUGGAGCUUAUCUAGGGAAUCAGAUCUUGUUGAUACAAGGCAUAGAGUUUUCCUUGUGCCUGUUGUUAUCAGAAUACUGGCUCCAAAAGUCAAAAAGUUAAAGGUGCUCGCUUCUCGUAAGCAUGCAAGUGUCCAGCAUCGAAAGGCGAUUCUUGGCUUCUUAGCUCAGCUAGAUGUUGAAGAGCUCCCUCUUUUCUUUGCCUUGCUGAUAAAACCCCUCGUAUCUGCUUCACAAGGUGCUGCAGCAAAGAGUGCAUGGCCCUGGACCAUGCCUGAAAUUCUAAAGCAUGCGUUUGACUCAUUUACUGUCUUGGAGCAUUUUUCCAGAGAUUGCAUCAAUGACAUUUCGUGGAAGAAGAGAUACGGUUUUCUGCAUGUAAUUGAGGAUAUUGUAGCUGUUUUUGAUGAAGUGCACAUUAGCCCUUUUCUUGAUCUGUUAAUGGGGUGUAUUGUGCGCCUCUUGGAAAGCUGUACAUCAACUCUUGAAGGCACAAGAAAUGACGGGGGGCCGGCUGAUCAUGGUCACCAAGUAGAGGAUAAAAUCAUGGUAAUGUCAUCAUCUGCUACAAACAUGGCUGGAAAGCAGUCCAAGGAUUUGAGAUCUUUAUGUCUGAAGAUCAUCUCUUUUAUCCUUAGCAAAUAUGAGGAUCAUGAUUUCAGUCCUGAAUUUUGGGAUUUGUUCUUUAUGUCAGUAAAACCUUUAGUUGCUAGUUUCAAACAGGAAGGCGCUAGUAGUGAGAAGCCGAGCUCUUUAUUUUCUUGUUUUCUGGCUAUGAGUAGAAGUUCCAAGCUUGUGCCUCUGUUGUCCCGAGAAAAGAAUCUUGUACCUGAUAUUUUUGAGAUGCUAGCAGUCUCAACAGCAUCGGAUGCCAUAGUUUCCUCAGUUCUUAAGUUUGUCGAGAAUCUACUGGAUCUUGAUGUUGAGCUGGGUAAUGAAGACAACCUGCUUAGGAGCUUACUGCUUCCUCAUGUUGAUGUACUAGUGUGCAGUUUGCAUCGUCUUUUUGUACAUGAUGGUGCAACAAAGAGGAAGAUUGUCAAAUAUCCUGGGGAAAAAGAGCUCAAGGUUUUCAAGCUUUUAUCAAAGCACAUAAAGGGACCGUUGGCUGCAAGGAAGUUUCUUGAUAUCUUGCUUCCGCUUCUGUCAAAGAGAUCCAAUGACCCUGAUAUUUGUGUAGGCACUUUACAGAUUAUUAAGGAUAUUGUAGAACCAGUGGGUAGUGAAAGCAGUAAAAAGAUCGUCAAAUCUGUUUCUCCCCUCGUAAUUUCUGCUGGCUUGGACGUCCGCACUUCUAUUUGUGAUGUUCUUGAUGCUGUCGCAGCGAAUGAUUCUUCUGUACAUCCUACGGCAAAUCUUCUUCGUGAAUUGAAUGCCACGUCCACAGUGGAGUUGGGAGAUCUAGAUUAUGAUACCGUAAUUGCUGCUUAUGAAAAGAUAAGUGCAGAUUUUUUCUACACUGUCCCGGAAGAGCAUGCAUUGAUUAUUCUGUCACAUGCAAUACAUGAUAUGUCAUCUGAGGAUCUUAUUCUGAGACAGAGUGCAUAUAGAUUGUUGGUUUCAUUUGUGGAGUUUUCUAGUCAAAUGCUCUAUAGAGAGUUGAAAUCUGAACAAGAAUCUUCUGGAACCUGGGUUAGGCAUAUCCUAAGCAACUUCUUUUUGAAGCACAUGGGUACUGCAAUGAAUAAAGAAGAUACAAUUCAGAAGGUAUGGAUCGAUCUACUUCGAGAUAUGGUCCUGAAGCUUCCAACAGUGGAAGACUUCAAAUCAUUUGCAGUUCUUUACAGUGAAGAUCCAGAGCAGGACUUUUUCAACAAUAUUGUGCAUUUGCAAAGACACAGCAGAGCAAGGGCUUUGUUACGCUUUAAGAAUGCCAUCAGUUCUGGAAAUUUGUCCAAGGUUCUCAUAAAUAAAGUCUUUAUCCCUCUUCUUUUCAAAAUGUUGCUUGAUGGACAAGUUGGGAAGGGUGAAAAUAUUAGAAGUGCAUGUUUGGAAGCUGUUGGAUCAAUUUCUAAAUUCAUGGAGUGGAGACUGUAUUAUGCAUUACUCAAUAGAUGCUUCCGGGAGAUGACACUGAAACCAGAUAAACAAAAGGUGUUAUUGCGGUUAAUAAGCUCCAUUUUGGACCAGUUCCAUUUCUCUCAGACUCCUUCUGAUCAUGACACCAAGGAUUCUGUGCAAGAUAUUCAAAAUACUUGUUUGAUAGAGUCAGGCAAAGUCAUCGGCUCUUCUGAACUUGCGGAAAUACAAAUGUGCCUCCAAAAGGAUUUGCUUCCCAGGGUACACAAAAUGUUGACUGCUGAUACUGAUAAUCUCAAUGUAAACAUCAGUCUAAUUCUGCUUAAGUUGCUCAAGCUACUUCCUGGAGACAUCAUGGACGUGCACCUUCCAUCUAUAAUGCAUCGUAUAGCAAAUUUCCUUAAGAAUCGUUUGGAAAGUGUUCGUGAUGAAGCCAGAGCUGCUUUGGCUGCUUGUUUAAAAGAACUAGGGCUAGAGUUCUUGCAAUUUGUUGUCAAAGUCUUGAGAGGCACUCUGAAGAGAGGAUUUGAAUUGCAUGUUUUGGGAUUCACUCUGAAUUUUCUAUUAUCAAAAUUUCUUCUAAAUCCCAGUAGUGGGAAGUUGGAUUAUUGUUUAGAGGAUCUUCUCUCGGUCGCAGUAAAUGAUAUACUUAGUGAUGUUUCGGAGGAGAAAGAGGUUGAGAAGAUUGCUUCAAAGAUGAAAGAGACUAGGAAGCAAAAGUCAUAUGAUACCCUUAAAUUGAUUGCCCAAAGCAUCACAUUCAAAACACAUGCUCUGAAGCUGCUUGCGCCAAUUCUUAAGAAUCUACAAAAGCAGCUGACUCCAAAAGUAAAAUCAAAAUUAGAGAACAUGUUGGCUCAUAUAGCUGCUGGAAUACAGUGUAAUCCCUCUGUAAACCAGACGGAACUCUUUAUCUUUGGUUAUGGUCUAAUUAAAGAUGGCAUAAGAGAUGAAUCUCCUGGGCAUGCAGAGACAUCAACUUCAAUGGAAAGUAAGCAAAAGAAAGAUGGAGUAAGCAGCCAGAUUGCUAAAUCAGAUAAGUUGGUCAGUAUUGAUCCACGAUAUUCCCAUCUUAUCACUGAAUUUGCUCUUGGAGUGCUUCAGAAUUACAUGAAGAACAUGAAAUUUGACAAGAAAGAUGAGCAGCUAUUAUCAAUGCUAGAUCCAUUUGUGAGAUUAUUGGCUGAAUGCUUGAACUCA